AUCAAAGCAUACGAGUGGUGAGCCUUGAAAGGUUGCCAAUCGCAAAAAAACACUUUGGUGCACUCAUAAUCAACCUUGAUCACGAUGUUGCUCAGCAGCAGUCCGUCUCCGAAGAAAUCGCGAGUCCAGCAGCCUCGCAAGCUUCAACCUCCGACAUCGUCCGGCUCUGGGUUUUUCUCACCUCCGACUGGCAUCAAAAAGAGCAUGAAGCUGCGGCCCGGUGGAAAGAGCGCGGUGGUUCGGGAUGUUUUUCUCGACGAGCCAAAGUUACGCAUCUGGAAGAACAGCGAGAAAAGCAGCGCAGUGUCAUUUGCGUAUAGUGAAGCGGCCGAUGACCACCGUCCGCUCGCUUCCCAACAUCACUCCGCAGCGAAAAUGCUACCAGCUUCAGACACCACUGCCUCUUGGAACAUUUCGUCCUUUUGCUGCAAAAUUGGGUCGCCGGCCACCUCCCGGACCAGUUUUCUCACGGUCAGAAUCGGUAAUUUGGCGCACGUGUUCUGCCUGUUCAGCGGGUUGGGGACCUAUGGUAAGCAGGUCGCGGAGUUUCUCGCGAAAAGGUUCAGUCAGCGGAUCUCACAGCUCGUGCGACACCACACGGCGUUGCUCGCGACCGGCGAGUACGAAUGUUCCGAGUUCGCGAGAAUGCUGUUUCGCGGCGUUGCGGCUUCAGCAAACGCCGCUGCGACUGGCGGCGGAGGAGGAGUUUCUACACUGGCUAGAAGUCCCUCCUCGUCUCCGUCCCCACCGAGAACCGUAUCCAGUGUGGCCGCCGCGAGGCCCCAUGCAUCAGGUUCUUCUGGUCCUGAAGGUGGCCGAGAGAUGAAAUCACCACCAGUGUUCGGAGACAGAACAAAAGCCGACACGUGCUCUGCAAAGCCGUCGAAGAAGACUAUCCACCGGGUCCAGAAGUUUCUCCAGAAGCUGUUUGCGCAGUGCAACGCGGAUUUGCAGUCCCGAUCUGGUGCCGUCGACCUGCAGUUUUCCGGGUGCAGCUGCGACUGUGUGGUAAUCGGCAACUCCAAGGUGUUGGACACGAAUGUGGUGCACUGCGCCCAUGUCGGGGACACGGGAUCUGUGUUGGGGUAUUGCAGUGUGGGCACUGGUGCUGUGCAUGAUGAUCCUGCUGACAAAGCGACAGCUCGCAGUUUUGAUGAAGCCCGAACCGAUGAGCAUUCUGAUGAUGUUGAAAUGUCGCACGAGACGACUUGUCUGUCGCAGCAGACCCCCGUUGAUGCGCGCAUGACAUAUGACGAGGACGAGAAUAAAGCAGACCGCGUCGACCCUGAAAAAUUCUUUGAGAAGUACCACUUGGCAAUUAUCACGAGGGAACACUCGUUGCACAAACAUCCCGCGGAACGGCUGCGCAUCCAGCGAUUGCACGAGGAGCAAAGCUUACAUCUAGCGGGUGUUCUUCACGGAGGUCAUAAAGGCAACGGGACAGCUGCAGACACAAGCAACGGACCAGUUGCUUCUCAUCUUCGUCAACGUCGUUUGGAAAUUUCCAACGCAGUUCGAGCCCCCGGGAUGCGGUUGACCAGGUGUUUUGGCGGGACCACGGGAAGUCAAUUGGGUGUAAUCGCCGAGCCGGAGAUCCUCACGGUCACCUAUGUGGUUGUUGAGGUUUUGACACCCAAAGUUGGGAAGCAAACCGUGAACAAAAAAUCUUCUACGGAAGUUGGAGGCGCAUCAUGCGCAAACGCCAAGACGUUGAAGUUCGCAAUGCUUGGCACCAAGCACCUCUGGGGCGCUUUGCGAUCUACGGAAGUUUUGCAAAUAGUUGAUUCUGUCGUCACGUGUGACGGAGAAAAAGUAGUUGCAAACGAUACUACAGAGAAUCGUCUCGGAGAAGCUACUGCUGGGGACCAACAGCUGCACGACCUUCAUCACGACGUCGAUUGUGGAAAUAACCGAGAUGUUGAGUUGCUGCAAAAUCAAAAUGUGGUUGCGCGCGACCAUCACCAGAACCACUCAGAGCAGAUUGCGGCAAAGUUGCUGAGUCUAGCAAGGGAGAGAUGUAUUAAGAAAAGUAGUAGAGUUUGCACUGCUGAUCUAGCUUUGAUUGUUGUGUUGUUACAGUAAUGCAGAAACAAGACCGCUUAUUACUUGUGCAAAACAAGUGCCAAAGGUCUGCUAGUCCUAGUAGUACUACAUGCAAAAUUUGUACAACAGUGAUGAAGAUGUUGUCUGUCAAACCGAGAUUGUCUUUGAUUAUUUGAGCUGGACGAAUCACGCGGGGCCGCAAAGGAGUC